AUGAAAGGUCUAAUUCUAGUCGGUGGUUACGGUACCAGAUUGAGACCCUUGACGUUGACGGUCCCUAAGCCUCUGGUCGAGUUCGGCAACAGGCCCAUGAUCCUGCACCAGAUCGAGGCGUUGGCGUCCGCGGGCGUGACGGACAUCGUGUUGGCUGUCAACUACAGACCUGAGGUUAUGGUCGAGACCCUCCAGAAGUACGAGAAGGAAUACGGUGUCAACAUCACAUUCUCUGUGGAGACAGAGCCUUUGGGCACGGCUGGUCCGUUGAAGCUUGCUGAGGAGGUGCUGAAGAAGGACAAGUCGCCAUUCUUCGUGCUGAACUCGGACGUCAUUUGCGACUACCCUUUCAAGGAGCUCGCCGACUUCCACAAGGCCCACGGCGGGAAGGGUACCAUCGUCGCCACCAAGGUCGACGAGCCCUCCAAGUACGGUGUCAUCGUGCAUGACAUCGCCACCCCCAACUUGAUCGACCGUUUCGUCGAGAAGCCAGUUGAAUUCGUCGGGAACAGAAUCAACGCGGGUCUGUACAUCCUGAACCCAGAGGUCAUCGACCUGAUCGACUUGAAGCCAACCUCCAUCGAGAAGGAGACCUUCCCUAUCUUGGUCGAGCAGAAGUCCCUGUACUCCUUCGACUUGGAGGGCUACUGGAUGGACGUCGGUCAGCCAAAGGACUUCUUGUCCGGCUCCGUGCUGUACUUGAACUCCUUGUCCAAGAGAUCUCCUCAGUCCAUGGCCAAGGGCGACAACAUUGUUGGCAACGUCAUCGUCGACCCAACCGCCAAGAUCUCCGCCACCGCCAAGAUUGGCCCAGAUGUCGUCAUCGGCCCUAACGUCACCAUCGGUGACGGUGUCAGAAUCACCAGAUCCGUGGUUCUAUCCAAGUCUCACAUCAAGGACCACGCUUUGGUCAAGUCUACCAUUGUCGGCUGGAACUCCACUGUUGGUAAAUGGGCUAGAUUAGAGGGUGUUACUGUCUUGGGUGACGACGUCGAGGUCAAGGACGAAAUCUACGUGAACGGUGGUAAGGUCUUGCCUCACAAGUCCAUCUCCGCUAACGUUCCAAAGGAAGCUAUUAUUAUGUAA